AUUCUAACAGCCCCGGCAGCCGCCAUCCACGCACCAGCCAAGCAGCAUGUCCCAUUUAAAUCCACCCACGCAGCCCCUGCGCCCUUAGCCGAGCGGGGCGCGCAGCCCACACGCACCGCGGCUCCGGGGCUGGAGGUCCGCGCCGGGGGAGCACCCAGACCCAGGCGGACAGCCGCGCCGAGGACCGGGCACCCGGGAGGGGGGCGCGCGAGGCUGGGCCCGGGGGCCUCCGGCGCGACACCCGCAUGAAGACGCCCGCGACAUAGACCCAGGGGGCACUUCCAAGGGAGACGCUUCCAGGUGGUUGUGGUCCAGUUCUCCGGCCAAGAAGUCGACAUGGCGAGCGACUCUCCGGCGCGCAGCCUGGAUGAAAUCGAUCUCUCGGCUCUGAGGGACCCCGCAGGGAUCUUUGAGUUGGUGGAACUGGUUGGCAAUGGAACCUAUGGACAAGUUUACAAGGGUCGUCAUGUUAAAACGGGCCAGCUUGCAGCCAUUAAGGUUAUGGACGUCACAGGGGAUGAAGAGGAAGAAAUUAAACAAGAGAUUAACAUGUUGAAGAAAUAUUCUCAUCACCGAAAUAUUGCUACAUACUAUGGUGCUUUUAUCAAGAAGAACCCGCCGGGCAUGGAUGACCAGCUGUGGCUGGUGAUGGAGUUCUGUGGCGCUGGCUCUGUCACUGAUCUGAUCAAGAACACGAAAGGUAACACCCUGAAGGAGGAGUGGAUUGCGUACAUCUGCAGAGAGAUCUUACGGGGGCUGAGUCACCUGCACCAGCACAAAGUGAUCCACCGCGAUAUUAAAGGGCAGAACGUUUUGCUGACUGAAAAUGCAGAAGUUAAACUAGUGGACUUUGGUGUCAGCGCCCAGCUAGACCGAACGGUGGGCAGAAGGAACACCUUCAUUGGAACUCCCUACUGGAUGGCUCCAGAGGUCAUUGCUUGUGAUGAAAAUCCAGAUGCCACGUAUGACUUCAAGAGUGACCUGUGGUCUCUGGGAAUCACGGCCAUUGAGAUGGCAGAAGGCGCACCCCCCCUCUGUGACAUGCACCCUAUGAGAGCCCUCUUCCUCAUCCCCCGGAACCCAGCACCUCGCCUGAAGUCCAAGAAGUGGUCGAAAAAAUUUCAGUCUUUCAUCGAGAGCUGCCUGGUGAAGAAUCACAGUCAGCGGCCGGCCACGGAGCAGCUGAUGAAACAUCCGUUCAUCCGAGAGCAGCCGAACGAACGGCAGGUCCGCAUCCAGCUCAAGGACCACAUUGACAGAACCAAGAAGAAGCGGGGAGAGAAAGAUGAAACAGAGUAUGAGUACAGCGGAAGUGAGGAAGAGGAAGAGGAGAAUGACUCAGGGGAGCCCAGCUCCAUCCUGAACCUGCCGGGGGAGUCCACGCUGCGCCGGGACUUCCUGCGGCUGCAGCUGGCCAACAAAGAGCGGUCGGAGGCCCUGCGGCGGCAGCAGCUGGAGCAGCAGCAGCGGGAGAACGAGGAGCACAAGCGGCAGCUGCUGGCCGAGCGUCAGAAGCGCAUCGAGGAGCAGAAGGAGCAGCGGCGGCGGCUGGAGGAGCAACAGAGGCGUGAGAAGGAGCUGAGGAAGCAGCAGGAGAGGGAGCAGCGGCGGCACUACGAGGAGCAGAUGCGCCGGGAGGAGGAGCGCAGGCGCGCGGAGCAUGAGCAGGAAUAUAAGCGCAAGCAAUUGGAAGAACAGAGGCAAGCAGAAAGACUGCAGAGACAGCUCAAACAAGAACGAGACUACCUGGUUUCCCUUCAGCAUCAACGGCAGGAGCAGAGGCCUGUGGAGAAGAAGCCGCUGUACCAUUACAAAGAGGGCAUCAGUCCGAACGAGAAGCCAGCCUGGGCCAAGGAGAUUCCACAUCUGGUGGCUGUGAAAUCCCAGGGACCGGCCUUGACCGCAUCCCAGUCGGUGCACGAGCAGCCCACAAAGGGCCUGUCUGGGUUCCAGGAGGCUCUGAACGUGACCUCGCACCGCGUCGAGAUGCCACGCCAGAACUCGGACCCCACCUCGGAAAACCCGCCUCUCCCCACUCGCAUCGAAAAGUUUGACCGAAGCUCUUGGUUACGACAGGAAGAAGACAUUCCACCAAAGGUGCCUCAAAGAACAACUUCUAUAUCCCCAGCAUUAGCCAGAAAGAAUUCUCCUGGGAAUGGUAGUGCGCUGGGACCCAGACUGGGAUCUCAACCCAUCAGAGCAAGCAACCCUGACUUGCGGAGAACCGAGCCAGUCUUGGAGAGCCCUUUGCAGAGGACCAGCAGUGGCAGCUCGUCCAGUUCAAGCACCCCCAGCUCCCAGCCCAGCUCCCAAGGAGGGUCCCAACCUGGAUCACAAGCAGGGUCCAGUGAACGGACCAGAGUGCGAGCCAACAGUAAGUCGGAAGGAUCACCAGUGCCCCCCCAUGAGCCUUCCAAGGUCAAACCAGAGGAGUCUAGAGACAUCACCCGACCCAGUCGACCGGCUAGCUAUAAGAAAGCUAUAGACGAGGAUCUGACGGCAUUAGCCAAAGAAUUACGAGAACUCCGUAUUGAAGAAACAAACCGUCCGCUAAAGAAGGUGACUGAUUACUCCUCCUCCAGUGAGGAGUCGGAAAGUAGCGAGGAAGAGGAGGAAGACGGUGAGGGCGAGACUCAUGAUGGGACGGUGGCCGUCAGCGACAUCCCCAGGCUGAUACCGACAGGCGUCCCCGGGAGCAAUGACCAGUACAACGUGGGAAUGGUGGGGACGCAUGCGCUGGACACCUCCCACGCUGACACCUUCAGCAGCAGCAUUUCAAGAGAAGGAACUUUGAUGAUCAGAGAGACGUCCGGAGAUAAGAAGCGAUCUGGCCACAGUGACAGCAAUGGCUUCGCGGGCCACAUCAACCUCCCAGACCUGGUACAGCAGAGCCAUUCCCCGGCUGGAACCCCGACCGAGGGCCUGGGGCGCGUCUCCACCCACACCCAGGAGAUGGACACCAGCACUGAGUAUGGAAUGGGGAGCAGCACCAAAGCCUCCUUCACCCCUUUUGUGGACCCCAGAGUAUACCAGACGUCUCCCACUGACGAAGAUGAAGCGGAUGAAGAAUCAGCCGCAGCGGCUCUGUUUACUAGCGAACUUCUUAGGCAAGAACAGGCCAAGCUCAAUGAAGCAAGGAAGAUUUCCGUGGUAAACGUAAACCCAACCAACAUUCGGCCUCACAGCGACACACCGGAAAUCAGAAAAUACAAGAAGCGAUUCAACUCGGAAAUCCUUUGUGCAGCUCUGUGGGGUGUCAACCUCUUGGUGGGAACUGAGAAUGGCCUGAUGCUUCUGGACCGUAGUGGACAAGGCAAAGUCUAUAAUCUCAUCAAUCGGAGAAGGUUCCAGCAGAUGGAUGUGCUCGAGGGACUAAAUGUCCUCGUGACAAUAUCAGGAAAGAAGAAUAAGUUACGAGUUUACUACCUUUCAUGGUUAAGAAACAGGAUAUUACACAAUGAUCCCGAAGUAGAGAAGAAACAAGGCUGGAUUACUGUCGGGGACUUGGAAGGCUGUAUACAUUACAAAGUGGUUAAAUAUGAAAGGAUCAAAUUCUUGGUGAUUGCCUUAAAGAAUGCUGUGGAGAUAUAUGCUUGGGCCCCUAAACCGUAUCAUAAGUUCAUGGCUUUUAAGUCUUUUUCAGAUCUCCAGCACAAGCCUCUGCUUGUUGACCUCACGGUAGAAGAAGGUCAGAGACUAAAGGUUAUUUUUGGUUCGCACACUGGUUUCCAUGUAAUUGAUGUUGAUUCAGGAAACUCUUACGAUAUCUACAUACCAUCUCAUAUUCAGGGCAAUAUCACUCCUCAUGCUAUUGUCAUCUUGCCUAAGACAGAUGGGAUGGAGAUGCUGGUGUGCUAUGAGGAUGAGGGGGUGUAUGUCAACACCUAUGGCCGGAUAACGAAGGAUGUGGUGCUUCAAUGGGGAGAAAUGCCCACGUCUGUGGCCUACAUUCAUUCCAAUCAGAUAAUGGGCUGGGGCGAGAAAGCUAUUGAGAUCCGGUCAGUGGAAACAGGACAUUUGGAUGGCGUAUUUAUGCAUAAGCGCGCUCAAAGGUUAAAGUUUCUAUGUGAAAGAAAUGAUAAGGUAUUUUUCGCAUCCGUGCGAUCUGGAGGGAGUAGCCAAGUGUUUUUCAUGACCCUCAACAGAAAUUCCAUGAUGAACUGGUAACAGAAGAGCACUUGGCACUUAUCUUCAUGCCGUGGUUUCUAAUUUAAAAGAACAUUUAACUCGUGCGGACUUUUUGCCAGUCUAUAGAGGCAGAAUCAGAAGGCUUGGUUGAACAUAACCCUUUCCCGUUUUCCUCUCCCUCCACCCCUCCCAGUACAGUCCAUCGUGAAAGGCUGCAACCUGGUUGAGAAAGAGAGAGAAAAAAAGGGGGUCAAGAGUUUUCCAGGAGCGCCCCGAGAACGCUGCAUUGUCUGUGGACAAAGAUGGACGUGUGACCUUCGGAGUUAGGGAUAGAAACAAAUAAUUGUGUGCUGUUAUGAUUCAGUUGUGUUUCGGUGGGGUUUGAGCUUUUU